AUGGGGCAUCGGAAAACAAAAUCCCAUACCCUCCCAUCCUCCCCCAUCCACCACCACUCAUCCUCUUCGGAUUUUGAAUUCACAUCCGUCCUCUCCCCUUGCAAAUCCACCACCAUCAAUCUCCGCCCUGCCGACGAGCUCUUCUAUAAAGGUAAACUUCUCCCCCUCCACCUCUCCCCUCGCAACUCCAUGGUCCGUACCCUACUUCUCACCUCCAACACCAUCACCGCUCGCCACUCCUCCGACUAUCAUUCAUCCUUCUCCUACACAACCUCGGAUUCCUCCCGCCCCAGCUCCGCCACCGACGAUGAUGAUACCCACUUUCCUCACAAACUGUUUGAUCUCAAUUCCCAUACUCAUAGAUUCAUCUCCGAAAACGAAAAGAAAAUAAUUGCUAGUAAGCAGUUUUCUUUCAACAGAUUCUCUUCCCUGUUUCGCAAAGAAACCAGCAAACCCGCGGCGGGUAUCACCACCCAGUCUGAUCCGGCCACCUUAACCAGCUCCUCCGUGAAAGAAAAGAUACGUAAAUACUUGAAGAAAGUGAAGCCGUUGUACGAGAAGCUUUCCCAACUUCAAAGUCAAAAAACAAAGACUGCUCCUUCAAUGGCGAAAAGGGAAGACAUAGUUUCUCCAUCGUUUUCGGGAAAUCUGAGGUUUUUCAGAAAGACAAGCUGCGUAUCAAGCUGCCCUUCAACAAUGCCGUCGUCUCCAUAUCAUUCAGGUGUUCUUUGCCGGAAAAACAACACUAAAGGCGCCGGUGGCUGCAGUAACACUUCGUCAUCAACGGAAGAACUGCAGAGCGCGAUUCAAGGGGCGAUAGCGCAUUGCAAGAAUUCCAUGGUUGAGAACCACAAGUAG